GGUAAACAGAUGCUGAACUUUCUCCUGCCGCCCGGCGACGUUUAAGUGCUUAAAACGCAGUAAAACAUGAUCUGAAACAUCGGAUUACCGAGCGGAUAUGCGAGUCGUCGUUAUCCGAUGAGGAUGAUCUGAAGUCACCAUGGAGGUCAGUGUGCCGUUUCCUUGACGACGGUGCUGCAGUUGACGGUAGACCGCAGACACGCCUGCUGUUCCCGUCCUCUGAUUGGUGGAAGGCGCCUGUCCGCCAAAAUGCAGCUGAACUACCAAAAGCUGCCGGCUCAGCUGAGGGGCAGCUCGAAGCUGAAGAAGCUGACGGCGAUUCUGCUCACCGCCUACGCCGUUAAGAAACUGUCACCGUACGCCUGGAGGAGGAUACAGGCAGCUGCAGGAUGUAAACAGGUGGGCGGGGCUAAACGUCCAGGGGAGGUGGCCAACAGCUCCUCCUCAAACUCAGUGGAUGACGGCAGAGGGAAAAAGAAGAAGAGCAACAGCAGGUCUCCAGCAGUGAACAGAGACUUUGCCCUAAGAUUGUCUCGUCUUCUGAAGCUCUUGUUUCCACGGUUACUGUGUCCGGAGAUCGCUCUGCUCGUCCUGCACUCUCUCACUCUGAUGUCCCGCACCUUCCUGUCCAUCUACGUGGCGUCUCUGGACGGUAUGAUCGUGAAGUGCAUCGUUCAGAAGGACCCUCAGGCCUUCGUGCUGCAGUUGUCCAAGUGGCUGCUGGUCGCCGUUCCCGCCACCUUCAUCAACAGCGCCAUCAGGUUCCUGGAAGGUCAGCUGACCCUCAGCUUCAGGACCCGAUUGGUCAACCAUGCCUACCAGCUUUACUUCACCAACCAGACUUACUACCGCGUCACAAACAUGGACAGCCGUCUGUCCAACCCCGACCAGUCUCUGACCGAGGACAUCGUCAUGUUCUCCGCCUCCAUCGCUCACCUCUACUCCAACCUCACCAAGCCCAUCCUGGACGUGGUGGUCACCUGCUACACCCUGCUGCGCACCGCCCAUUCCAAAGGAGCCAACACCACCUGGCCCUCCGUCAUUGCUGGUCUGGUGGUGGCGCUCACCGCCAAAGUGCUGCGUUCAUGUUCGCCUCGAUUCGGGAAGCUGGUGGCCGAGGAGGCGCGGCGCAAAGGAGACCUGAGGUACAUGCACUCCAGGAUCAUCGCCAACUCUGAGGAGAUCGCCUUCUACGGAGGACACAAGGUGGAGAUGGCCCAGCUACAGAGGAGCUACAUGUCUCUGUCGUCUCAGAUCCAUCAGAUCCUGCUGAAGCGCCUCUGGUACGUGAUGCUGGAGCAGUUCCUCAUGAAGUACGUAUGGAGCGCCUCCGGCCUGGUGAUGGUCGCCGUGCCCAUCAUCACCGCCACAGGAUACUCCAAAUAUGACUCUGAGGAGGUGAAACAGGCUGCCAUGGUGAUGAAGGAGGAGGAGCUGGUGAGUGAGAGGACGCAGGCCUUCACCACAGCCAGGAACCUCCUCAACGCUGGAGCAGACGCCGUGGAGAGGAUCAUGAGCUCCUACAAGGAGGUAACAGAGCUGGCAGGUUACACUUCUCGGGUCUCUGAGAUGCUGGAUGUGUUUGAAGACGUGAAGGACGGAAUCUACCGGCGUUCUGCAGACCGAGAGGCGGAGGAGUCAGCAGGAGGAAGAGGAGGAGCAGGAGAAGCAGUAGUUCAACAUGGUCAGAGAGUCUGUGGUCGUCUGGAGAUCAGAGGUCAGGUGAUCAGUGUGGAAAAGGGGAUUCGCUGCGAGAACCUGCCAAUCAUCACACCAACUGGAGACGUGGUGGUGUCCAGCCUCAACAUCCAGGUGGAUGAUGGGAUGAAUGUGCUGAUCACCGGUCCAAACGGCUGUGGGAAGAGCUCUCUGUUCAGGAUCCUCAGUGGAUUGUGGCCCGUCUAUGGUGGAACCCUGUACCGACCAGAACCAGAACACAUGUUCUACAUCCCACAGAGGCCCUACAUGUCCGAGGGGACCCUGAGGGAUCAGGUGAUCUACCCGGACUCUGUGGAGGACAUGGAGCAGAGAGGACUCACAGAUUCAGACCUGGAGGAGAUGUUGAGGACGGUUCACCUGCUCUACAUCCUGGACAGAGAAGGAGGUUGGGAGGCCGUCAGCGACUGGAAGGACGUUCUGUCUGGAGGAGAGAAGCAGAGGAUGGGGAUGGCUCGCAUGUUUUACCAUCGUCCCAGGUACGCUCUGCUGGACGAGUGCACCAGUGCAGUCAGUAUCGACGUGGAGGGAAACAUCUUCCAGGCCGCUAAGGAUGCUGGGAUAGCACUGCUGUCAAUCACACACAGACCCUCACUAUGGAAGUACCACUCUCACCUGCUGCAGUUCGAUGGAGAGGGGGGGUGGCGUUUCGUGCCUCUGGAUGCCUCCACCCGUCUGUCUCUGCAGGAGGAGAAACAGCGUUUGGAGAGUCAACUCUCUGGGAUUCCUAAGAUGCAGCAGCGUUUGGCGGAGCUGUGUGUCCUCCUGGGGGAGAGGGAGGGGGAGGACGGCGGUGGAGGAGAGGGGGAUGAAGAGGAGGAGGAGGAGGAGGAGGAGGAGGAGGAGGAGUGACGGACUGAUAAAGAAGAGUGUGACUCUCCUGAGUUUUAACUUCUGAUGGAAGAAAUCUGCUCGGAUUUUACCGGUUACCAUGGAGAUGCACUGUUUAAACCUCGGUUGGAUUUUAUCUGUAAAACUGUGAAGAUGUUUUUUUAGGUUUUAUAUGUGACAUCACCGUCAGAUCCGACUCGUGAGGCUCCGCAGGAAAAGGCAGAAAACUGAGGCAGAGACGAGGAGCGUGGACAGAGAUAAGGUCACAGCGGGUUUGAAAACACCGUUCAGUUUGGAAAAGUUCAAACACAAACACAGAUUCAUUAAGGCUGGAGUUGAACCUGCAGGAAUCAGCUGAUCAGUCUGUUUGGACGGACCUC